AUGGCGAUCGGAAGCUGGCUAAAGCUCAUCUUCCUCUGGCUCUACGCCGCAAUAAUCUCUCCAUGGCUAGUCACUGAUUUCGCUAUUGACAUGAUCCUCUACCUGAUCCCAUUCUUCCGACCCUCACGAAAAUGGUCUCUCAACCAAGCCGCCCACGUACGCCUCGUCCGAUUCGCCCUUCUCUACUGGUCCCUCGUCAAAGCCGGCGACAAACUGUGUCUUGACCCAAAGCGAGAAAAGAAUCGAUUCGAAGUCGUCGCACCGAGAUCGUCAAAGCUAUACCGAGGCAUCCUCUCAGGUUAUGCAGUCCUGCCUGCGGAGAUUGGAAUGACUUGGACGCCAGCACGACCUCCACCUGCUGGGUUGGUUCAUUCUGGGAUGACUGUUGCUCUGCACUUUCAUGGAGGAGGCUACGUGAUUGGAAAUGGUCGCGAUGAAGAUACUGGAUACCUGGCGAGAACUCUUGUCAAGCACAUGGGCUGUACACAUGUGUGCACACCACAGUAUCGACUUUCUAGCAGUGACAACGGACAAUUCCCAGCCCCUCUUCAAGACGCACUUACCGCUUACCUCAAUCUGAUCAAGACCAAGGGCAUUCCUGCAAGUCAAAUCAUCCUGUCGGGCGAUUCGGCUGGAGCCAACUUGGCUCUUGCCUUGGUACGAUACAUUCACGAAUACGGACAAGCCGACGACAUUCCCUUCCCUCGAGCAAUGGCCCUGUGGUCACCUUGGGUCGACAUCGCAGGUGCUUUAGAACAGGAUAUCAAGUCAUCACCACACUACAAAACAGACUAUCUCAACAUCCUCUUCGCCCGCUGGGGCGCAACCACAAUCUCGGGCUUCGGCGCAACGGACCCCGCGGGCCCAUACCUCUCACCCCUCCGAAACCCAUUCAAGCUCUCACAGCCAAUGCCAGUAUACGUCAACGCAGGUGGAGGCGAAGUGCUGUACCAUGACAUCGAGAACUUCUGCCAACGGUAUAAGAAGGCUGGUUGGAAUGUACACCUGGACGUAUCGGAAGGGUGUCCUCAUGACAUUAUCUUGUUGGGUGACUUCAUUGGGUUCGGGGCCGAGGCAGAGAAAGCUGCUGGGGAAGCUAGAAAGUUCUUGAAUGUGAAUGCGGGGUUGAAGCUGAAGAGCUAUGCCCCGCGGAAGUUGUGA